GCGAGCCGACAUCACGUACUUUCGCGCAGUGUAUUUAUUAUGUGCCUAAUCGUAUUUUAGGUGGCUCCCGCGAUACCGGUUUUCAAGCUGCGUACGGGUGGCAAGGAAAUACUUGAUUACCUAUAUCACUUUUCCGAAAUGUAAUUGAGGAUCAAGAAUUCCUUUGUUAACGACGUGUGAUUUCAUUCCUCACGUUGGAUACUUAGCAGAAAUAUUUCGAGCUUUUGCAUUAUUAAAUCUUUAGAAUAAACGAUAUAAAAUGACUGCGAGAAAACUCACUCCUCAGCAGGGACUGGGAUUUUUCGGACUACUCAUCCUGCUCUGUUCGGCGGUUUUGGGCAAAUCGCAAAUGUGCGAGGUGGAAACCGGUCAAACGAAUAUUAUUCUGGAUAUCGAGGAGAGCCGAGAGUCUUUCAUUGGACAGCCAACCACUCCGCCAGAGCUACCAAUUUUCGGCGAUCCGGAGACGGAAAUCGCUUUGAAUUUGGUCUUCCCGAAAGGCCAGCCGAUCUUUCAAUUGAACGGCAAGAAACUGCAACUGCUGCAGCCUCUGGAUCGAGAUGAGGAGAACCUCAGUCACAUUGUCUUUCAGGUCUCCUGCACCAUUAGAUCGACAAACAAAAAGCGCACCAUUCCCAUUAUUGUUCGGGUGUCGGACAUAAAUGACAAUGCGCCGCGUUUCAUGAACACGCCCUACGAGGUUACCGUUCCCGAGAGCACACCGGUGGGAACCACUAUUUAUCGCAACAUUCAGGCCCUCGAUAAGGACGCAGGUGUCAAUGGGCUGGUCGAGUAUUUUAUAGCCGAGGGCAGUGCCAAUUCCACCGAUAUCGAGAAAUAUAGUGCAGAUGGUUAUGGCACCUUUGCCAUAUCUUUUCCCCACCAGGGUCAGGUUACGGUGGCCAAGACUCUAGACUUUGAAAAGAUACAAACGUAUUAUCUUACUAUUGUGGCUUCGGACCGCGCGCGCAAUACCGCAGAUCGUCUUUCAUCGACCACAACUUUGACGGUUAAUAUAGCCGAUUCGAAUGACUUGGAUCCCUCGUUUAUAUACAGCGGAUGUGCUUCCCUCGAUGGGGCCUGCAUAAAUCCCGAGUAUUCCGCAUCGGUGCCAGCUGGAUCUCUUUUAGGAGUACUAACUGUUCUACCCGAACGGAUUCAGGCAGUAGAUCUGGAUACCAUAAACUCGCCAAUUCGCUAUAGUUUCGCCAGUGGAAUGCCGGGAAACUAUGCCGAUUACUUUCAGAUCGACGAGAGUACGGGGGUGCUGAAGCAGACGAAAGCUAUAGAUACGUCGACGGCGAAAAAGUAUGAUAUCAUAGUGAAAGCCGAAGAGGUUUCCCCGGGACCACAGCGUUUUACAACGGCCAAACUGGAGAUAUUUGUAAAGCCAGUGGAUGCCAAUCCCCCGGUGAUAUCAUCCUCCCAAACGGAGGGCUAUGUGGAUGAGAACUCAGCGAUUGGUACUAGAGUAUUAGACUCGAAUGGUAACCCUAUAUCGUUCAAAACCACAGAUGCCGACCUGAGUGACACCGAUCCGAAGCCAGAUUAUAUAUACGAACUGACCACGCCGUCGUUCAAUGUAACAUCCGAUGGCAUUUUGAUAGUCAACGAGGAUAACCUCGAUCGCGACCCUCCGUCGCCAGGACGUUUCAAGUUUCAAGUGGUCGCCCGAGAACCGCGAACCAAUGCGGCCAGUGCCCCACUGAGUCUCACGGUCCAUCUGCGAGAUGUUAAUGACAAUGCCCCCAAGCUGACGAUGGUGCCACCCAUCUCCAUAACAGCCGGAGAUCAGAGUGAAAGUCGUCUGGUCACCCAGGUCAUGGCCAGCGACAAUGACGAGGGCCCCAAUGCCGUGGUGACCUACUCCAUUUACCAUGUCUCCAACAAUGGAUUGCAGAAGUUUACCAUCAACGAGACCACGGGUGAGAUUCGAACCCAGGGACGUUUGCUGGCCGGCGAGCAAUAUAGCAUUACGGUUCAGGCCUCGGAUAUUGGUGGAUUAUCCUCUCAGGCAAUCGUCGAAGUUGGUGUUACCCCGGGACCGAAUACGAAACCCCCGCGAUUCCAGAAACCCAUCUACGAGGUUCAGGUCAGCGAGGGCGCCGAAAUCAACUCCACAGUCACAGUGGUUCAUGCCGAGGAUCCCGAAAACGAUGCCGUUGUCUACUCCAUAAUAUCUGGAAAUGAUCUGAGGCAAUUUGCGGUGGGUCAGGAGAGUGGAGUGAUCAUAGUGAUAAGGAAGCUGGAUCGGGAGAGCCUAACCCGCUAUCAACUGAUCCUGAAGGCAGAGGACACCGGAGGACUUUCGAGUAGUGCUACUGUGAAUAUUAAAGUAACAGAUAUCAAUGAUAAGAAUCCGGAAUUUGACAUCUCCACCUUGCCCUAUAUCUUCCAAGUGGAUGAGGGUAAAUCCCAGGCUUCCGUGGGCGUGGUCCAUGCCACCGAUGCUGAUGAAGGUAUAAAUGCGGAGAUUACCUAUUCCAUUCCCACCGAUAUACCAUUUACAAUAAAUGCCACCUCGGGAGAGAUCCUUACUUCCAAGGAACUGGACUAUGAACAGUUAAAUGAGUACAAGUUUGUGGUUACCGCCAAGGAUGGAGCUCCCGACGCUCGACUGGGAACAGCUAGUGUUACCGUGAUGGUUCUGGAUCUCCCCGAUGAGGUGCCCAAGUUCAGUGAUGCCCGCAUUGAUGUACAUAUACCGGAGAAUGAGGAGAACUUCCUGGUGGCCAGUGUGCAGGCUUUUGAUCCGGAUACGGUCCCCGAGAUAACAUACGUUUUGAGGAAAGGUGAUGCGGAACUGUUUAAGGUUUCAGAUAAAACGGGUGAAGUGAGAACGCUCAAGGGUUUGGACUUUGAGACCCAGAAGCAGCAUCAACUGACCAUCGGAACCAUAGAGAAUGAUGGUGAUGGUCCCGGGGAUACGGUUCUCUUAACCGUGGAUGUGGAGGAUCGCAAUGACUUACCACCGCGAUUUAUAACCGUUCCCGAUCCCGUGACCGUCAAUGAUGACCAGAGCAUUGGAACCAUCAUAGCCACUCUGCCGGCAAUCGAUGGCGAUGGCACUUCGCCGGGAAAUGUGGUUCGUUACGAGAUCGUGGGACGCGGCAAGGCACCCAAGUACUUCCAAGUGGAUCCCGACACGGGAGCAGUUCGCCUAAGAGAUGAACUGCGCAAGGAGGAUGAUACCGAGUACCAGGUGGACAUAAGAGCCUAUGAUUUGGGGGAACCCCAACUGAGUUCGGUGGCUCCGCUGCGUGUAGAUGUACAUCAUGUUUUGGCCAAUGGAAAUAACGAGAUUAAACUGGACAAUAAGUUGGAAAGUGGGUUGGGCAUGAGUAGUGAAAGUAUAGGUCUGGCCUUCAGCGAUGAUAGCUACACGACCAGUGUACCCGAGUCAAUGGAAGUAAAUAGCACUCUAAAGCUCAUUCAGAUAGUGAACUCAAAGGUAUCCACCGACGGACCACCGGCAUUCAAGUGUGAAUUUGUCCAGGGCAACGAGGAGGGCAUCUUCAACUUGAGUGCCGCCGAUCAUGGUUGUAACUUGGUGCUCCUGCAACCCCUGGACUUUGAGAAUAAGACCUCCUUCACCCUGAAGUUACGCCUAACAUCCCAUCGCUACUUUGUCAAUCCACUGAAAGACACCUCCACCGUGGAGAUAAUAGUUCAGGAUGAGAACGACAAUGCCCCCGAGUUUGAGUUUAAUCGGCUGCGGGGCCAACAAGACACUUUCUACACCGUGGUAACCGAGGAAAUGGAUGUGGACACAACCAUUUUGCAGGUGCGAGCCACAGAUCGUGAUUCGGGGAAGUUCGGAAACGUUCGAUACACUCUCUACGACGAUGAUGAGAACCGUGUUAAUAUGCCCACGAGCUUCUUCAUGAUGUCCGAAGAUACUGGAGUUUUGCGAACUGCCAGGCAUUUUAAGAAUGAGAAUGAUUUUCCCCUCACAUUUUUGGUGGAGGCACGCGAUAGCGAUGCUCAGGAGCAGGGAUCUCAUCGCACGAGGGCCCGCAUAGUCGUUAAUAAACUGGCGGAUAUAAAUCGCAUGGCAUUAUCCUUCCCGAAUGCAGCUCCCAGCGAUCUUCGCAAUUAUUAUACUGAACUAGAGGAACUGCUGGACAAGAAGACCGGACUAGUCAGCGGUAUUGAGCGCAUGAGCAGUCAAAAGUUGUUGGCCAAAAACGGUUCGGUGAUCGAGAAUCCAGCUGCAACGGAUAUAUGGUUCUAUCUGAUCGAUCCCAAGACGGAACAGCUGGUGAGCCGAAAGGAUAGCAUUGUGGAGAGCACUUUACUAGAACCAGCUGCGAGAUCGGAAUUGAAUAUAGCCCUGCCAAGAGCCACAGCCGAAAGUAUAUCAUUUCCCCUGGAAAGAAAGGAACAGGUUCAUAAGGUCAAGGCCGCUGUAGCCAUCGAUAAUGAGGUCUUUCCCUUUACCCUUAUUGCCAUAUCACUGGUUAUACUUAUCCUAGGCACCAUUGGCAUUAUUUACAUAUGCAUUUCUUGGUCAAAGUACAAAAACUUUAAGCAACGCAUGCGUCAGUACUCCUCCACGAAUCCACCCCGAUAUGAUCCCGUGAUCGUCAAUCAGCAGGCCUCGAAUGCCAGUGAAACGAUUGCGAAUAUGAAGGAGUACGAAACCCAGAUGCUGGCCAUGGCAGUGCCUCCGGAUGUGGAUGACGAUCUGCAGCUGGACUUUAGUGCAAAGAAUCAUGCCUUUUCGCUGGACAAUGUUAGCUAUAUAACGCACAAGGAGAACACCAAUAAUGGUGGUGGCCAAUCGAGUCCAUCUCAUUCGGAUGCCACGACGGCGACGAUUGCCACUCUGCGGCGGCACAAGAAUCUCAACAAUGCCAAUAUGAACAACAAUCUGGCCAUUAACAAUAGGCAGAAUACCUUUAAUAGAACGCUGGAGAUGAACACCCGGAACAAUGCCAAUCCACUGGGAUCUCCUCCUCCGAAUGGUGCUCUUUCGGGCACUUUGACCUUGGGUCGCAUCAAGCACCAGAAUAGUAACCACUAUCAGAACGGCGCCUACAAUAUAGACCCCACUGGUCCCAAUAAUAUGGCCAAUGCCAAAAAUAAUGCCUACAGCACGAUGGGCAGGCGGGGAAAUACCUUCUGCGAUGUGGGUUUGCUCAAUGGCAACGGGGAGCUGAUGAAUGCCACACUGGGCCGAAAUGGCCAGCUCAACAAUCGACUUUAUGGCGGAGAAGUGCCCAUCACCAACCCACUGUUUCAAAGAUCCAGUUCUGAUCACAACCACUUGAGCAGCACCAACGAGAACGUUUCCUUUGGCAAAAGGGACUAUGGCCAAAUAGGCUUCUCAUAUCUAAACGAUUUGGAUAGGUCAGAGGUUGAGACCACAACGGAACUGUAGGGUAUAUUGAUUAAGAUUUCCACAUAUAACAGACUUUGUUAAUAUAUGUAGCUGCCAAUUUAUAUUUUUAAUAGUGCAUUUUAACAACGAGAGCGGUUGCCAUCUGUAAAUAUUUUAGUAGAAAUACUGAAUGGAGGAACUGAUAACUGAUAUAUAUUUAACUGUGCUUUAAGAUCAAAUAAUUACAGUCAUUACUUUUAAGCAAAACAGAGUGCAUAUUUUAUAUUG